AUGAAUGCCACGGAAGGUGGUGGCGAGGAGGUGGCUGCGACUCCAACUACACCAGCCGCCAACCCCACACCAGAUGCCGGACCCCUGAUACCAGUCCCCGUGGCCCCUCGCAAAACCCCUCGACGAGGGCCAAAGGUACAACAGGAGAGACCGAAAAGAGCUCUCUUCUGCCUAACCCUCAAGAAUCCGCUGAGAAAACUUUGUAUAGACAUCGUUGAAUGGAAGCCAUUCGAGUGGAUGAUAUUGACAACAAUAUUCGCUAAUUGCGUAGCUUUAGCAGUCUACACUCCAUUUCCCGCGAGCGACUCAAAUUACACGAAUUGGGUUUUAGAAAAGAUCGAAUACAUAUUUCUAGUGAUAUUCACGGGGGAAUGCGUGAUGAAGAUCAUAGCGUACGGUUUCGUCAUGCACGCCGGCUCGUAUCUCCGGAACGGUUGGAAUCUGCUCGACUUUACCAUCGUUGUUAUUGGCAUGGUAAGCACUGUACUCUCGAGCAUAUUCAAGGACGCUUUCGACGUGAAGGCACUGCGAGCUUUUCGAGUCUUACGUCCGUUGAGAUUAGUCUCAGGGGUCCCUAGUUUACAAAUCGUGUUAAAUUCCAUCUUGAAGGCGAUGGUACCGUUGCUCCAUAUCGCUUUACUCGUCAUAUUCGUCAUCAUCAUUUAUGCCAUCAUUGGUCUGGAGCUGUUCUCGGGCAAGAUGCACAAAUCAUGUUUCAACAGACUAACAGAUGAAAUCAUGGACAACCCUCAUCCAUGUGAUUUGGACAACGGUUUUAACUGUUCCAUGAUCGGCGAGGAGAUGGAGUGCAGGGAAGGUUGGGAGGGUCCCAACUUCGGUAUCACGAACUUUGACAAUUUUGGGCUGUCUAUGUUAACUGUCUUCCAAUGCAUCACUUUAGAGGGCUGGACAGAUGUCAUGUAUAAUAUUCAGGACGCAAUGGGCAAUAGUUGGGAAUGGAUUUAUUUUGUCUCGAUGGUCAUAUUGGGAGCGUUUUUUGUCAUGAACCUAAUUCUCGGUGUGUUGUCUGGAGAGUUCUCCAAAGAAAGAGAGAAAGCGAAGAAUAGAGGAGAUUUUCAGAAGUUAAGAGAAAAACAGCAAUUAGAAGAAGAUCUAAAAGGCUAUCUUGAUUGGAUCACACAGGCCGAGUAUCUAGAACCACUUGCAGACCAACACGAUGCUGUAGAUCAGAAGAGAGAUUAUGUUAUUGGUAACUUAAUAGGUCAAAGCCAAACAGAUAACGAUUCGACGGACCACUUAGGUAUAGAACCUGUGGAACAGCAAAAAAUAUCAAUCGGUAAAAUGUGGAAGAAGGACUUCGACAAAGCGAACCGUCGCAUGAAGCGCGCGUGCCGCCGCGCCGUCAAGUCGCAGACGUUCUACUGGCUCAUCAUCGUGCUCGUGUUCCUCAACACCGUCGUGCUGGCCAGCGAGCACUACCAACAGCCGACUUGGCUCGAAUACUUUCAAGAAUAUGGUAAUGCAAUGUUUGUAGCUCUUUUUACAUUGGAGAUGUUGGUCAAAAUGUACAGCUUGGGGUUACAGGGCUACUUCGUGUCCCUGUUCAACCGGUUCGACUGCUUCGUGGUGGUGGGCUCCAUCAGCGAGAUGGUGCUGACCAAGAGCGAGCUGAUGCCGCCGCUCGGCGUGUCCGUGCUGCGCUGCGUGCGCCUGCUGCGCGUCUUCAAGGUCACCAAAUACUGGCGGUCACUGUCCAAUUUGGUGGCGUCACUCCUCAACUCGAUCCAAUCCAUCGCCUCUCUGCUGCUACUGCUGUUCCUCUUCAUCAUGAUCUUUGCACUUUUGGGCAUGCAGGUUUUUGGUGGCAAAUUUAACUACGAUCCUGUGGAGGAGAAAGAUCGUCAUAAUUUCGAUUGUUUUUGGCAAGCGUUACUGACUGUUUUUCAGAUCCUAACAGGUGAGGACUGGAACGCUGUGAUGUAUGAAGGUAUUAAGGCCUACGGUGGGGUCGGAACCUUCGGCAUCCUUGCGUGCAUCUACUUCAUCAUUCUAUUUAUUUGCGGCAACUACAUUCUUCUGAACGUGUUCUUGGCUAUCGCUGUUGACAACUUGGCAGAUGCGGAAUCAUUGACUAACAUUGAAAAGGAAGAAGGUCAAGGAGGUGAAGAGAAAGAAGAAGACGCUGUAGAAGUAGAAGGUGGACUCGCUGACACAGACGACGAGUACAUUCAUGAUGAUGAUGUGUACACGAGUGAUAAUUCUGAAAGAGAAUAUGAAGAAACUGGAUCGGAAGGUGAACCACAAGAGGAAUUAGAAGGAGAAGGAGAAAAUGAAAUAAUAGAUGAAGAAAAUGAAGAGAGAGUCGAGGAGGAACAAGAAGGAGAGGAAAUGGAAAACCAUCAAAGAAACCAUAUAGUGAACACAGAGUUCGAGGACGAGCCACGCUUGAAACGCAAGCCGACGACGUCCUCGGCGCGACCGCGGCGCCUCUCGGAGGUCGACAUUAGGGACUCGGCCAAGCCGAUCCCCGAUGCCACUUCCUUCUUCAUAUUUUCCAAAGACAACAGGUUUCGAGUGUUCUGCUAUAAAAUGUCGUCAUCGUCAACGUUUGGGAACAUUAUACUGGUGUGCAUCAUGCUCUCCUCUGCUAUGUUGGCAGCGGAAGAUCCCUUGGACGCCGCACAAAAGGGGUUCAGGAACUGGUUACUAAGUCAAUUCGACAUAUUCUUCACGGGUAUUUUCACUCUGGAGCUGUUCCUGAAACUGGUGACGUAUGGCCUGAUCCUGCACCAGGGCGCCUUCCUGCGUUCAGCGUUCAACGUACUCGACAUGCUUGUCGUUUGCGUCUCUCUUAUCUCUAUGAGCUUUAAGUCUGGGAGUAUUUCCGUUGUGAAGAUAUUGCGAGUGUUCAGGGUGCUCAGGCCUCUCAGAGCCAUCAACAGGGCGAAGGGCCUUAAGCACGUUGUUCAGUGCGUGAUCGUUGCAAUCAAAACGAUUGGAAACAUUUUGUUGGUAACAUCCUUGCUUCAAUUCAUGUUCGCGGUCAUGGGAGUGCAAAUGUUCAAGGGUAAAUUUUUUAGGUGUAAUGAUAUUUCGAAGAUGACAAAGGAAGAGUGUCAGGGAACUUAUUUAGUAUUCGAAAAUCGUAAUUACGUAGUUAGAGAUAGAGAAUGGAAAAGAAAUGAUUUUCAUUUUGAUAAUGUAAUGAAAGGGAUGCUCACCCUCUUCACAGUAUCCACUUUUGAAGGAUGGCCAGGGUUACUGUACGUAUCUAUAGAUUCGAAUGCAGAGGAUCGCGGUCCCAUUACUAACUUCCGUCCAAUUGUUGCUGCAUACUAUAUUAUUUACAUUAUUAUAAUUGCCUUCUUUAUGGUAAACAUAUUCGUCGGUUUCGUCAUAGUGACAUUCCAAAAUGAGGGUGAGCAGGAAUACAAGAAUUGUGAACUAGAUAAGAACCAAAGAAAUUGUAUAGAAUUUGCCUUGAAAGCUAAGCCAAUUAGGAGGUAUAUCCCAAAGCACCGAAUCCAGUACAAAGUAUGGUGGUUCGUCACGUCCCAGCCUUUUGAAUACGCAAUCUUUGUCCUCAUUAUGAUAAACACCAUCACCCUCGCCAUGAAAUACCACAACCAGCCUCACGAGUACAGCAAAGCACUAGAUAUGCUGAACAUGAUCUUCACAGCGGUCUUUGCACUUGAAUUUAUCUUCAAGCUGGCUGCUUUUCGGUUUAAGAACUAUUUCGGAGACGCAUGGAACACGUUCGACUUCAUCAUCGUUUUAGGUAGCAUCAUCGACAUCGUCGUAUCACAAGUAAACGAACUUAAAAAUCAGGGAAGUGGAUUGCCAAGAGCACACGUUGUUAAGGAAAGUUCGAUCCCAUCUAUAAACUUCUUUCGAUUGUUCCGUGUGAUGAGGCUGGUCAAGCUGCUGUCUCGUGGCGAAGGCAUUCGAACAUUACUGUGGACGUUUAUCAAAUCCUUCCAAGCGCUGCCCUAUGUUGCUCUAUUGAUCUUGAUGCUGUUCUUCAUUUACGCCGUUGUUGGGAUGCAAGUAUUUGGAAAAAUUGCUAUAGAUGACGACACACCCAUCACUCGAAACAACCACUUCCAGACGUUUCCACAGGCUAUAUUGGUGUUAUUUCGUUCUGCUACUGGCGAAGCCUGGCAAGAUAUAAUGAUGGGUGUCUCCCCGGAACCGGAAGUGCGCUGUGAUCGGAAUUACGACGAAGAAGGCGAAGAAGACAGCAGCGGCUCGUGCGGCAGUGUCCUCGCUUUCCCUUACUUUAUCUCAUUUUACGUGCUUUGCUCCUUUCUCAUUAUUAAUUUGUUUGUCGCUGUAAUUAUGGAUAAUUUCGACUACUUAACCAGAGACUGGUCGAUAUUGGGACCACACCACUUAGAUGAAUUUAUAAGAUUAUGGAGUGAGUACGACCCUGACGCUAAGGGACGGAUAAAACAUUUAGACGUAGUGACAUUGUUAAGAAAAAUAAGUCCUCCUCUCGGGUUCGGGAAGCUGUGUCCCCACCGCGUGGCUUGCAAGCGCCUGGUGUCCAUGAACAUGCCGCUCAACUCCGACGGAACGGUUCUCUUCAACGCCACCCUCUUCGCGGUCGUACGCACUUCGCUCAAGAUAAAAACGGAUGGUAACAUAGACGACUGUAACACCGAGCUCCGAGCUGUUAUCAAGAAGAUUUGGAAGAGAACCUCCCCCAAACUUCUUGACCAAGUCGUACCGCCACCCGGCGACCCCAAUGAGAUCACCGUUGGAAAGUUCUAUGCUACCUUCCUUAUCCAGGACUACUUUAGGAGGAAUCACGCGUUCAAAAAGCGUAAGGAGCAAGAGUUGAGACAGAAUGAUGAACAGAACCAUCAGAUGACGCUUCAGGCUGGUCUGAGGACGUUGCAUGAAGCUGGGCCCGAGUUGAAACGAGCGAUAUCGGGAACUCUCGACGAAAUGGUCGCUGAUAACGAUAUACCUAUGCAUAGGAGAAAUCAUUCGCUAUUUGGUGGAGUUUGGUCGAGUAUACGCAGACACGGUCCCAACAGGCAUUUUAAUAGACACAGGAAACAAGGCGAAGGACCUCCGGCACAAGGUGUUGGUAACCAUUUGAGUUCGAUGAUGCAACGCGAAUACGGAAUGGGACCACCGUUGGCGCCGAAUUUAGCAAACGGACAACCAAAAGAACAGAUACCGUUAAGACCUUUGAUAUUCAACGGAGAAUCGGAGAAGAUUUACCAGGUCCUCGAAGCGACAACAAACGAUCUAAAGAACGCUAUUUACAAAGGAGGAGAUAGUUCCGGGCGCGGCGUGGUCUCUCUCCCCGGGAGCCCGCGGAACAGCUCAUCAGUGCCCGUUGUUGGCUCCGCUGAGAGCCUGGUCACCAGGGUACUGGCAGAACAAGGCUUAGGAGACUACUGCGAUCCAGAAUUCGUGAGGAAUACUUCUAGGGAGAUGCAGGAGGCGCUUGACAUGACGCAAGAACAAAUGGAUAGAGCGGCGCACCAAUUGAUGAUACAAGAGAGGAAUAUAAAACAAGUUCAGAACCAACAACCCCAAGUGGGUAACAUUUGGGGUGUUGUAGGGCGAGAUCCUAGCCCGCCAAUAUCAUCCCUUCCACCAGCCAGCCAUGCCGCCCCCCACCAAGCGGUUAUAGCACCGACACAAAAUGGCGCCCAAGAUGGCGUCGACAAAUGUCACCCGCAGCAUAGAAGGAAACGGAAACGCAAGCCGGUGCUCGUUUAGACAAUUGAAAAAAUAUCCUGAGUUAUUAAUUUUACACUUUGAAAAUAAUAUGUGCUCAAUCGUUUCUCAGAUACCCUCGUAUCUUAGAUCUUAGCCUUUUGGCAAUAUAUAACGACUCGAACGGAUGGAUCAAAUCUAGGUAGUACGGUAAAUACUGAAUUUCUAGAACUGUGACUGACGCAGUUAAAAGUGAGAAUCGUAGUUCUAUAGACAUUUUAUAGUAAAUUAUAGAUAGUAACGGCCAGGUAUCAGAUAGUGUAAGACCACUAGGUAUUGCUGUUUAUACCGGGAUUAAUAUUAAAGAAAUAUUCAGUUGAAACUGGAAUGCUUUCUAAAUUCUUAUGUGGCUCAUUAUAAAUAUACAUAGCGAAAAAAAAAAAUUUUUUUACUAAAAGAAACGCGAUAUUAAAUUUUGUAGCAAAAUACGUUAUUUUAAUGUAAGGAUUCUUUUGAAACAGAUGACCAAUGAAAUAUGGGCGUUACAUGUAUUUAUAACUAAAACGCUAAAAAAGCUAGUUCGAGCUUUAGGAUCAUUUCAAAAUACGCAAAAUUGUUUAAAAAAAAAUAACGAAAAAUCAAGUAUCAUCCAGUAAUACACUACAUAAAUUGCACGAAAUUAAUUUUGCCCAAACAAUGUAUGUCCAAAAUUGUUCUUCCAUUAUUUUGGCUGUAUCGACCAGACUGAUUAAGCAUCUAGUUUACGAUCCUCAUUUUAAAUACUAGUAAUCUUUUUCUAUAAAAUAUUAGCAACAUUUUUGGAUAUACCCCCUUAUCUUAUAAAAUCAGAUUGACAAUACAGCACUUAAAGACUUGACGAACUUUGUAAAUUAGUAAUUCGAUUUUCAUUGAAUAUUAAAACUAUUAAACAAUCGUAGAAUCACAGAAGUUACUUUUAACUAUUACUGUAAGUUUUAUACCGAAUCCGAUUUUAGUGCGUAGACAAUCAAUUUGAAACAGUAAUGUAUAUUCGAAUACGAAGGAAUUGAAUGCAACCGCGAAAUUUUUAACGGAUGUCACCAAGAAACGUUUUUCAUAAAAGACAGUAGAGAAAUAAAUAAUCCAUUAUGAUAAGAGAUAGCAUUUAUGACAAAAUGUUUUCUAAUGAGAUUACGAUACGAUAAAAUUAUAAGAGCCUGAUCGCUUUUUACUUCAAUUCGCUGGUCACUGAUGAUACUAUCUGAUGUAUAACAGUAUCCGAUAGAUAAAAAUUAAGGGAUAUUUAUGUCAGUCACGAUUGCAAUCCACUUUUAGAAACGUCUAUGAGUGAACUGUGAUGACCAAAACUUACAAUUUAUUACUUGAGGUGAAGAAAGACCUAAGCUCUUUUUCCUUUUCCUGAUAAAUACCUUUUAAUAACUUACGAGGAAGAUAAGCCUUAUCAGCUAGCAAUGAAAUAGGCCUUAAGCAAAGGAAAUAAAAGUCAUGGUAGUUCUUCACAUCUGGUACACAAAAUUCGUAAAAAAAAUUACCAUGCAUAUUUUCAUAAGCUCAGUAAAGAAUAGUCGAGAAAAUUCGUUACUAUGAUAAUUUAACUAGUAUAAGAAUUUUCCUGGUAAGUGCCCUUUACUCUCAACGUAUUUUGUAGAAUAGUUAUCUGUGAACCUUUACCCAUUGAACCAUAAACCACAUUCCUCUAGGAUUAAGAUUAAAAAAAAAACAACUUUUGUAAAACUGAAUUAACUUACAGUUUUUUUUUUUUUUUAUUUGACUUGUGAACUUUGGUAAAGUUGUUAAAAAAAAUUGGUAUCCCUUAACCUUAUUGAGAUUAGCUACUUUUGUACUUAAUUGUGCAAGGAAUAAUUUACUCAAUAUUAUUUUUAAUUGUCUCGUCUUUCAUGUUUUUCGUAUUAUUUGAAUAGAUAUUAAAAUUAAUUGAUAUUUAAAUUAAAUAUCAUUUGAAUUGAUAUAAAAUUACAUGUAUAAAGAUAGGAAAAGUUUGAAUAAAAAUAUGUACACUCAAAAUAUAUUUAUUAAUUUCUACAAACGAUAUAAGUGUAAAAACGAAUCCAUUAUUUACCGUUUAGUGCCAAUUAUCCUACUUUUUCUUGUUUAAUACAAAAACUUUUAACCUUUUUAGAAGCACAAAAUUAAAAAAAAAAACUUUGUAAUACAGUUCCAUUUAUGAAAACCUAGUAAUUAUUGUGUCUUCUCUAUGUAUAUUAUUUACUCUAUUGUCCUCGUUAAAAGCAUGAAAUUUUAAACGUGUGUUUAUUAUCUGUUUUUGCUCAGAUUUUAUUAUUAAAAUAUUUGACAGUAACCAUAUAAGAACUUAAAUCUUCAUUGAAAUGUUUAGAAUGUAAAUAAUGUACAAAUUAUGAAAUCUGUAUUCAAAUUUUUCUCUUUUUAAGUAAAUUUUUAUAUUCUAGCUCUGUGGCUGGUAAGAUUUUGAUUGUACAUAAUUAUGUAAAUAAAAAAAAAAUUGUAAUUAUAUAUUUAUUCCGUCAGUAAUUGAAAUUGAACACUAUUAAUUAUCUAUAUCGAUUGUUUAAAAAACAUUGUAAAAUUGUUUUCAUAUAAAUAAAAUUAAAAAAAGGA